AUGCAUCUCCUCAACUUACUCUAUGCUGCGCUGUUGAGUGCGUGUGGCGCGCAAGCCCUGCGCUCAGACAAGGUCAAGCUCUCCAACAUCCAGAGUCUUACAUUGCGGAAAGGACUGGACACUUCGCAUCGCCGUGUUAAUGCCAUGCCUCAGCUCUCAUGCAUUGGCGGCAACGCCAAAGGUCUCUACGAAGUCGAUGUAAUGCGUUGCAAGAACUCCGGCUCCGACUACGACUCUGAGAACAUCCAAUGGACAUGUACCGCCUCGCUCCCGGAUGAGUUUAAGCUCGGCUCCACCGACGUGAUAUGCGAAGGCUACGACUAUCCAGAAGACCCAUAUAUCUUGAAAGGAAGCUGUGGCGUUGAGUACAGACUGGUUCUGACAGACAAGGGUCAUGAGAAGUACGGGAGGGGAAAUGGAGGCCACUGGUGGGGUGGUGAUGACGAGGGGAGUGGCAGGGAAGGUCCGAAGACACUAGGCGAGCAAGUCGCAGCGGCAUUGUUCUGGAUGGUGUUCAUUGGAGUUGCAGGCUGGAUACUCUACAACAUCGUUCGGCAGUGGGGCCAAGGGCCUGCGGGUGCCGGAGGUGCUGGUGGCGACCGACCUGGCUGGGGCGGUGGAGGCGGAGGAUGGGGUGGAAAUCAUGAUACCGAUGACCCACCACCACCUUACGACUAUCAGGGACGUCCAGGGAAAAGCACGUACGGUACCAAUCAACCUCAGGGAUGGAGACCCGGAAUGUGGUCUGGCGCGCUAGGUGGUGCUGCAGCCGGGUAUGCUGCAGGGCGUAUGGCGAACAGAGGCAACCAGACCAAUAACGGAUGGGGCAGCAACAGUGGUGGGUGGAACAAUGGCGAAGGCAGCUCUAGGUCCUCGUCGGGAUCCGGAUCUAGUUUCUCGAAUACGAGGCACGAGAGUACCGGUUUCGGGUCGACCUCGAGGAGGUAG